AUAAUCACAAACCCUUGAGCUUGACAUGGCUACUUCAAAGCUUUUCUCAUAUCUCUUUCUCCAGCUGACCUUUAUACUUUUUGUCCUUGACCUUGCAAAUGCGCAGGGAGGGCUCAACGUCGGGUUUUAUGCAAAGUCAUGCCCCAAAGCUGAGGACAUUGUGAAGAAAGUCAUCUUUCAAACCAUAUCAACUACACCUUCACUUGCUGCUCCUUUGUUGAGAAUGCAUUUUCAUGAUUGUUUUGUUAGGGGUUGCGAAGGUUCGAUACUAUUGAACUCUUCCACCAACCAAGCUGAAAAAGAUGCAAUUCCAAACCUAAGUCUACGAGGAUUUCAGAUCAUCGACAAAGCUAAGUCUGCUUUAGAAAAGGCAUGCCCUGGAGUGGUUUCAUGUGCAGACGUCUUAGCCAUAACAGCUAGAGAUGUGGUUUCCGCGCUCAAUGGAGCACACUGGAACGUUGAAACAGGACGAAGAGAUGGUAGAGUUUCCAAUAUAACAGAGGCCUUUAUGAAUCUACUACCACCCACUGCAAACAUUACUAUAUUAAAAGCAGGCUUUGCACGAAAGGGUCUAAGCGCCAAAGAUCUUGUAGUGCUAUCAGGCGGGCACACUAUUGGGACUUCUCACUGCACUGCCUUCAGCAACCGCCUUUACAACUUCACGGGGAAGGGCGAUACUGAUCCCACACUGGAUCCCAACUACAUUGCAAGAUUGAAGUUGAAAUGCAAACCCAAUGAUCAAAAGACUCUUGUGGAGAUGGAUCCGGGGAGUUUCAAGACAUUCGACCAGACCUAUUUCACUCUCGUGUCCAAGAGAAGGGGUCUCUUCCAAUCCGAUGCAGCUCUUCUUGAUGACAGCGAGACAAAAGCUUACGUUCAAAGUCAUGUUGCCGCCGUUGGAAAAUCUAGUUUCUUUAAGGAUUUCGGUGUUUCCAUGGUGAACAUGGGUAGGAUUGGAGUUCUCACCGGUAACGCAGGGGAAAUCAGGAAAGUUUGCAGCAAGAUUAACUAAGGUUUUAUUAAUUUGAACACCAAGUGAGCAAAUAAAAGGAUGUAUAUCUGCCUCCAUAUAUAUGUAUUUGUGCCAGUGUAUGUUGUUCUUGAUUAUUUUCUUUCUCAAAUAAAUGUCUAGUUAAGUUUCA